AUGGAAAACGGUAAUGAUGGAAAUGGGAACAGAAGGUUCAACAAGUAUGCCUGUGGUUCAGUGAUGGCUGCCUCUAUUGUCUCUGCUAUAUAUGGUUACGUUGUUGGAGUGAUGGCUGGAGCACUGGUAUUUAUAAACGAAGAUCUUAAAAUCAGUGACCUAAAAGUGCAGUUCCUAGUGAGCAUGUCACACGUGUGUGCACUACCAGGAUGCAUGGCCGCUGGAAGAACUUCUGAUUACAAAGGUCGUCGUUGCACCAUUAUUCUAGCUUCCAUCAUUUUCUUCUUGGGCUCAAUUGUAAUGGCCGGUGGCCCAUCCUAUCCAAUCUUAAUAAUUGGAGGCUGCAUUGUUGGAUUUGGUGUGGGUUUUGCACUGAUUGUUGCACCAGUUUAUAGUGCAGAAAUUUCACCUCCUUCCUAUAGAGGCUUUCUCACCUCUCUUCCAGAACUUUCCAUAAACUUAGGACUCUUACUUGGCUAUGUCUCAAACUACUUUCUUGGAAAAUUGUCUCUUAAACUUGGUUGGAGAUUGAUGGUGGGUAUCCCUGCAAUUCCUUCAUUUGGUUUAAUCAUUUUAAUGUUGAAAUUGGUAGAGUCACCAAGGUGGUUAAUCAUGCAAGGACGUGUAGGUGAGGCUAGGAAAGUGCUUUUACUAGUAUCUAAUACAAAGGAAGAAGCUGAACAACGCUUGAAGGAAAUAAAAGCUGUUGUUGGCAUUGAUGAAAACUGCACUCAACACAUUGUGGAAGUUACAAAGAAAACUAGUAGCGGUUCAGGAGCUCUUAAGGAACUUUUUUGUAAACCUUCACCUCCUGUGCGUAGGAUACUACUUGCGGCAAUUGGAGUUCAUGUUUUGUUGCAGAUUGGAGGAAUUGCAGCUAUUUUGUUAUAUGGUCCAAGAAUCUUUCAGAGAGCAGGAAUCAUUGAGAAUAGUAAGCUCAUGCUAGCCACAGUUGGUAUUGGAGUCAGCAAAUUUGUAUUUACAUUCAUGUCAAUAUUUUUGUUGGAUAGAGUUGGGAGGAGAAUUCUCUUGUUGAUUAGUUCAGGAGGCAUGGUUGUGACCCUAUUAGGGAUGGGUAUUUGCUUGACUGUAGCAGAGCAUUCCACAGAAAAAGUACAGUGGGUGAUAAACUUUACCAUUGUUGCUACCUACAUCUUUGUGGCUUUUAUGUCUAUUGGAAUUGGACCAGUGACAUGGGUUUAUAGUUCAGAGAUUUUUCCCCUUAGGUUCAGAGCACAAGGUCUUGGUGUUUGUGCUGCCGUGAACAGAAUUACAAAUGUGGCAGUAGUUUCAACUUUCAUUUCAAUUUAUAAAGCAAUAACAAUGGGGGGGAUUUUCUUUAUGUUUGCAAGUAUCAAUGCUAUGGCUUGGUGCUUCUACUAUUUCUUGCCAGAAACUAAAGGAAGAUCAUUAGAAGAUAUGGAGACCAUCUUUGGGAAAAAUUCCAAGUUGGAGAUACAAACGCUGCCCGAGUACAACAAAUAA